AUGAAGCUCUUCCACAAGUUCCGAAAGAUUCUCAUGAGGCUCAUCGACUUCACUCUUCCUUGCUCCUCCCGCAGACACAAGAACUCCGGCGAGGGAGAGAGGGUUGAACCACCGAAGAUAUCUUGCAGUAGUUCGUACUAUUCGUCUCAGCAUAUUCCAUCUAGGUCGAACUGUUAA